AUGCACCAUUUACAGCCCAACAAUGUCCUCGUUAACACCCCCAGGGCCCUCUUCAACAUUGUCACAACCUCCGCCAAAGUCACCACGACCCUUGUCAACAUCACCAUGGCCCUCGACAAUAGCUUUGCAGUCCACAGUGAUAACACAAGUGUCUAUUCCAACGGCUUCAUGGCUCUUGCCAACAGAAUCAUGGUCCUCAUCAACAACACCCUACGUCCCCAAUUCGGCUCACAAUCUUCACCAAGGACCUUCAAUUCUGGUUCCACGGUCAGAUCCGCUUCCUCACUCAUUCCCUAUGGUGAUAUAUCAGCCUCCAACUUCCCUUUCCUCAAAGGGACAAUGCUCUAA